CGCAGUUUCGAGCUGCACUUUCCAGUUGAAAACAUCAUUGAGAGAUAUACAGAAAUCAUUUGUGAGCCUGCUCGUCAAUAUAAAGAAAAAGUUGAAUAUAAAAUUCGAAAGUGUAUGUGUGUGAAAUUUAUUCAGAUUCUAAUCUGCAGUGAUUUAAAGCAAAAUUUUGAAGAUCAUCUUUUACUGCAUAUUAAUUUUUUUAAAAAAGGAAUUUUCAUUCUUUAAAGAAUAAAAAGGACAAAUUUUUUGGUGAUAAUAAUUUUUUAAAAUGAGAACUCUACUUCCAUUACUAUUGUCAGCCUGGUGGGCUGAUUUAGAUCGGCCCCAUCUCUUUCUGGACCAAGAUAUGGGACAAAUAACUCGACGAUUUGACGAUUUAAUGUUUCCCGAAUGGUCCAAUAGAUUUUAUUUGCCAUCGAUUUUGGACCGAUCAACAUCUUUAGACUUUUUUGAUCGAAAUUGGGCAGACAUUUUGAGACCAAAAGAUAGUGGAUCAUCAAUUAUAACGGCCGAUAAGAACAAUUUCCAAUUAAUUCUCGAUGUUCAAAAUUUCAAACCAAAUGAAAUUAAAGUGAAGAUUGUCGAUAGAUUUGUGAUUGUUGAAGCCAAACAUGAGGAGAAGGAGGAUGACAAAAAAGUGAAUAAACUGCAUUUUGUCAAGAAAUAUUUUGUGCCCGAUCAAGUUGACAUUGAGAAUAUUAAAUCCACAUUGUCCACUGAUGGAAUUCUUAUGAUAACUGCGCCAAUUAAAAAAGUUUCUGAAGAUGAAAAGAAGGAAACAUUGAUUCCCAUUGAGGAAACUGGAAAACCUGCAAUUUUAGAGAAACCUAAAAAUCCAGAAGAGUUAACAACAACAAAAACAACCUCGGAGGAAAAAAAUGAGGAAGAAGUGACAGUGGAAACGGUCGAUGAAUCUAUUUCUGAAAAAUAAUUUAUUGACAAUUUAUAUAUAACGAUUCUUCGACGCAUUUUGAAAUAAAUUCCCCUACGCAAUUGUCUGAAAGGUUGGAUAGUUGGUUCUACUACUACAAAAGCACACGGCCUUUGUAAUGGUAAAAAAGUCAACAACGCACAAAACAUAAUUGAAGUGCUCUAAAAAAAAGAAGUAUUGAUAAAUUUCUAGAAUGUUCGAGAACUUUUUAAAUAAAUAACGUUAUAACUUU